GGGCGCUGCUGUCUCUUGCCGUCCCUUUUCUCUUUCUUUCCUUGUGGAUACAUCGUUGCUGUUUGCGAAAAUCCCUCAAAAUGGGUCGUAUGCACUCGCACGGAAAGGGUAUAUCCCAGUCUGCGCUUCCUUAUCGACGAAGUGUACCAACCUGGUUGAAAUUGACGCCAGAAGAUUGCAAAGAUCUUAUCUACAAAUUAGCGAAGAAAGGACAUACACCGUCUCAAAUUGGUGUCAUACUCCGUGAUUCGCAUGGCGUGGCACAAGUGCGAUUCCGUACAGGAAAUAAGAUCCUGCGCAUUGUGAAAAGCAUCGGCUUAGCUCCAGAUCUACCGGAAGAUUUGUAUUACUUGAUUAAGAAGGCAGUCGCUGUGCGCAAACACUUGGAGCGAAAUCGUAAAGAUAAGGACAGUAAAUUUCGUUUGAUUCUCGUCGAGUCGAGAAUCCAUAGGCUGGCACGUUAUUACAAAGCGAAGGGAUCUCUGCCGCCGAAUUGGAAAUAUGAAAGUUCAACGGCCAGUGCUCUCGUAGCCUGAUUUUUAUUGUAUUUACAAUUUAUGCUUAAAUAAAACUUUGGAAACACUAA